CCUCCCCCACCUCCUAGCUUCCUCAGAGCUGGGCAGAGGAACCAGAGGGAAAAUCCACCUUCUCAAGCACAGAAAUACCAUCCACCUCACUCAACCACUUGUCAAGUUCAACACAAAGGGGGCCCAGAAAAUCAAGAAAGAAUGUCAAGUGAUGAUAAAAAUAAAUCUAGUGAACCCAAGAAUGAGCCCAAGAACUGUGAUCCCAGGUGUGAACAAAAAUGUGAGGCCAAGUGUCAGCCCAGCUGUCUAAAGAAGCUGCUGCAACGGUGCUCUGACAAGUGCCCACGGGAGAAGUGCCCACCACCAAAGUGCCCACCAUGCCCUUCGCUGUGCCCCCCACCAUGCCCUGCUCCGUGCCCAGCUUCCUACCCUCCCAAUCCCUGUGUCAAGGCCUGUCCUCCUAAAUGCCCACCACCCUGCCCACCCCCAGAGUGAAGCACUCAACCCACUACCUCCAACAUCUCCACCAUGUUCACCAUCUUGGUGCUGAAGGCUGAAGCCAUGAACUGACAAGUAAACAUGUUCCUCUGCUGUGCAA